GGCGUCAUUGGAUCCAUUUAUGUACCAAACACUGAGCACUGGUGCUGCAUUGGAUGUCCACUGCCAGUUUCGCCAUCAACAACUUCUCUCUGCAGCAUUUUCCAACACCAACACCACCGGCCUCUCGCCCUCCUCUAUCACGCGCGCGCUUCAUCCAUCUCCAACCCACCCACCGCCAUCGACCGCCAAACCCAAGAACUAUCUCUACGUACCUAACCGAAUCAAGCCGCCAAAAUGACCACAGCACACAGACCUACCUUCGACCCGGCCAAAGGCAAAGAAGCCCUCCGCGGUCCCGCCUACCACCAACGUCUCCUACCCGCCUACACCCAGCUCAAGUUCCGCAAGCCCGGCCAGGGCGGCGUCGCUGGGGCAUCCGAAGACCGCGACACGCGCGACCUGCGCGCCGAGCUGCUGGCUGCUGAGGAGGCGCACAAGGCCAAGUUGAGGGGUGGAAGACCUGCUUUGAUUUCUUCUGGCGAUGAUGUCGACAACGAGAAAGCGGGAGGAGCUAAGCGGCCAUUGGCUUUGACGGGUGGUGGUGACAACAAAGAGGAGGAAGACCAAGAAGCCAAACGACGAAGGAUAUUAGAGUUGACGAGGGAGAUUGAUGCCGACGACUCCUCAGAUGACGACGAUGACAACGACGACAAUUCAGACGCGGCGGGCUCGGAGGCGGGCGACGCAAAGAACAAACACAACGACGACGACGACGCCUCAUCAGACUCUUCCGACUCAGACUCCGACUCCGACAGCGACGACGAAGAAGCCGAACUCCAACGCGAACUCGAGCGCGUGCGCCGCGAGCGUCAAGAGAAGCGCGAGCGCGAGGAGCUUGAGCGCCAAAAGGCCGAAGAAGAGCAGCGCGAGAAGGACAUAGCGCUCGGCAAUCCGCUGCUGAACAAGCCGGACUUUACGGUCAAGAGGCGGUGGGACGAUGACGUGGUGUUUAAGAACCAGGCGAGAGGGGUGGAUGAUAGGAAUAAGAAGAAGGAGUUUGUGAAUGAUUUGUUGAGGAGUGAUUUCCAUAGGAGGUUUAUGAGCAAGUAUGUUCGUUAAGCCGGAGGGUUUGGAAGGGAUGGGAUUGGUGAGGAGUGCGCAGUGGCGGAUGAGAGAGGAGAG